UCCAUUCUGUUCGCAGGGAAGAACCUCUACACUAACGAGCAUGUAGCAAUUAAAAUGGAACCAAUGAGGUCGAAGGCGCCACAGCUGCACUUAGAAUAUAGGUUUUACAAAUUAUUAGGUUCACACGAGGGUAUUCCGGAAGUAUAUUACUUCGGCCCGUGCGGGAAGUACAACGCCCUAGUGAUGGAGCUGCUCGGCCCGAGCCUGGAGGACCUGUUCGACCUCUGCGGGAGGAGGUUUACCCUGAAGACCGUUCUGAACAUCGCCACACAACUGCUCCAUAGGAUAGAGUACGUUCACAGUCGGCACCUGAUCUACCGGGACGUCAAACCGGAGAACUUCCUGAUCGGACGGUGCACAACAAAACGGGAGAAGAUCGUUCACAUCAUUGACUUCGGACUGGCCAAAGAGUACAUAGACCUGGAGACGAACAAACACAUACCCUAUCGGGAACACAAAAGCCUGACGGGGACGGCGCGCUACAUGAGCAUCAACACACACCUCGGAAAAGAGCAGAGCAGAAGAGACGACCUGGAGGCGUUGGGUCACAUGUUCAUGUACUUCCUGCGCGGCAGCCUGCCGUGGCAGGGGCUGAAAGCCGACACGCUGAAGGAGCGGUACCAGAAGAUCGGCGAGACGAAGCGGAACACGCCGAUCGAAGUGCUUUGCGACGGCCACCCGGAAGAGAUGGCGACGUACCUGCGGUACGUCCGCAGACUGGACUUCUUCGAGACACCGGACUACGAGUACCUGAGGAACCUGUUCCAGGGCCUCUACGAGAAGCGCGGCUUCGUGAACGACGGCGAGUUCGAUUGGACUGGCAAGACGAUGUCGACGCCCGUCGGAUCGCUGCAGACCGGACAGGAGAUCAUCGUGUCGCCGAACCGCGAUCGGCACCCGUACAAGGAAUGCGAUGAUUUUGAGGAAGAUGUAGUCCUCAUGUUGGAUGAGGUUCACAUCGAAAUGCAGGGCAACUAUGUGGUGUCCUCGACGAACGGGGAGUUGGCGAACGACGAUCCCACCGCAGGACACUCGAACACACCAAUCACCGCGCCGCAAGAGGUGGACAUGGUCGACGAAACCAAUGUUGGUUUUUUUUACAGAUGCUGUUGCUUCUUCAAGCGGAAGAAGAAGAAAAGUGGAAGGCAAAAGUGACUGUCUGUUGUCGUCGGUCUUGGGGGGGCAGUACAGUGCGCGUGUAACAGUGCGGAUCAAGCCGACGGGGAGGAGCGUGUCGCCGCGACGGUGGGGAUCGUCGAAACGGCGGACGGUCGGAGGAUCAUCGGCGCGGCCAAAGAGGCUGGACCCGAACCGGACAGGAAAUGGAGGCCAGCCAAGCCGCUGCGCGCCGGUUGUCGUCGGCCAGUUGUUCCACGUGAUCCGUCGCCGACGCUGCACACCACGAUGACACGGUGCAGCAGGCGGCUGAAGCGCAGCCGGCACCGCUAUCGAAUUCAACCACCACACAGCCAUCAUUAUUACUGCUAUUAUUAUUACUAUUAUUAUCAUGAUUAUUAUCACGAUUAACUUUUGCUCUCCUUCCUUUUUCUCCUUUUACGAUUACCGUCAUUAUAAUUAUUAUCCUUAUUCUCACAAUUAUUGUAUUAUUAUUUUAUUAUUAUUAUUAUUAAUUAUUAUUAUUAUUAUUAAUAUUAUUAUUAUUAUUAUAAUUAUCAUCAUUACCGUUUAUGAUUAUCAUUGUCAUCUCGUCUACGAUCACCGUUUGGUCGGUUCGGACAUCGUUGUACGUCAGAACGCCGAUGUUUAAAACCAAUUUCUCAGCGUAUUGUAAAACUCUCUCGGGUGUCCACCGUUGACUGAGGACUCGCGGGCCCCGAAUCGGGCCCCCGGCCAAGUUCACGACAAUGUAAACCCGGCGAAUUUUCGGUGUCCGCCUGUGCACCUGAACUGCACGUAACGUAAGAGUAUGAAAAAUACAAACAGACAAAAAAAUUGUAGAAAGGAAGAUUGGGAGAGAGAGAAAGAGAGAAAGAGAGAGAAUGAGAGUGAGUGAGCGAGAGAGAACGAGCGAGCGAGCAAGCGAGCGAGCAAGAGAGAGAGAGAGAGAGAGAGAGAGAGAUAAAGUAUAGGAAUUGACGUGCCGAUGGUGAAAGAACGCGUUCGUGCCUACGACACACACUCAUUAUUAAGAAUCAUGUAAACGCCUGCUUGGCGGGAGAUCGGUCGAGCGAAGACACGCGCCUGGAUCCGCUAACGCGGUCGCGAUAACGUGUAUUAAACCGUAAAUGAAUGGAAGCUGAGAUCUCAUUUCACCGAAACAAUCCUGGAUUUAACGAGCGCGCGCACGGCCCGGUACUUCCGCUUCUGUCGCGGUCCGAGACACGCUCGUCCAGUCCGGUCCAGCUGGAAAGGCAUGAAACUGAAAGGACAUGUUCGCGGUAUCAUUCAGCGGGCCGAUACGCGUACACAACGGCAGGACACACAUGUACACGCGCAUACACGUUCAUUUAAUUUCCGAGCAUGCGAGCAUUCUCGAGGCUCCCGUCGCGAGGCGUUCGAUGAAUAUUGAAACUUUUUCCGUUUCUUCGCGGUUCCGUUAUACGUUCCUUCGAGUCCGAUCACACGAUGCUUUUCGUUCGCGUUUGUUUUUUCUUCUUUUCUGUUUUCCGUUCUCUUCUCUUCUUCGUCUUCUUCUUGUUUUUAAUGUCCACAUCGUGGAUACGCGAGAAACGAACGCAUAACAGUAUUAACGUGGACGCGCUCGCCCGAGAAUCACGCUGAUCGUUACCUUAGUCGACCGGUGUUCUUUUUUUAUCUUUUACGACGACUUCUUUUAUGCCCACACUGCCCACCGCUCGUUCUACAUGCACCGGAGUGUCCUGGAAUUUUAGAGCUACUUUGUGGCAAUAUGUUUCGCGAGCAGGUAUCGGGAAAUAGUUAUUUUUAUCGAGAUGCUCAGGAGUGGAAUGCGAAGUACGCGGGGAAUACGGUAUCUUUCGGCGAGAACGUAGGCUAUAGACCACGGAGGAUCUUAUUAUCGCGAGCCUUUUUGAUAUGUACCGGGUUUUUUUCUAAUUUUUCUACUGGGAACGUAGUGACACAGUUCGGCCGGGAAGUUCCGGAACACUUUAUACGAAUACACGUUCAUGAAGACGCCCGCGCACUGUACAUAAUGUAUGAACAAAUAUUUUGCUACGGAGCUGCUGUAUCUCGCAUCAAAUUGCGCGACGCGUUUCACUUAAUUGUAUAUUAUUUAACGAACCAACUGUACCCGCCCGAAAAGGGGACACCAACGAACAUUCUCGUUGCUAAAACCGUUGCUCGCCGCUUUCAACGGGGAACAGCCAGAGAAACAAUUUGUCCACGGUCUGCGUCGAAACAGGUUCUUCCGAGGGAGACAGCGGUUUCGUUCGAGGCAUUAAAGUCGACGCUCCGUUUCCGCGAACGAGCGUUCCAGCGGGACCGACGAAAUUGUUGAUCUUACGCGCACAGGCAACCGAGCAACCUUACUUAAGUGAUAAACCGUUCCGGAAUGGAACGUUCGCAGUUGUUUCUGUGAAUUCCUUCGUCUUCAUGAACGCGACACGCCGUUUACACGAGCGCCUCGUUUUCGUUUCUACCCGGAACAAGGAAUAUCCGGAUAAACCCUGGAAGCGAACGGAAACGGGCGAUUCAAAGCGACGAUCUUAGUUCCCGUGGUGAAUAUGUAGCACGACGUUCGUAGCGUUGUCGUAUUUGUAAUCCUUUAAGCGAGAGAGAAAGAGAGAGAGAGAGAUAGAGAUAGAGAAAGAGGAACAAGCGAAGAACCACGUGAACGAACCAAUCUUCGGUUUCAUGCCUUCCACGAUGUUUUGUCAAGCGUGACACGUCACCGAGUCCAAGCUCCGUUUCACAUAACAUAUCGAGAGGGAAGAAGCACGUAAGAAUUACUUGUCCGUAGAUAGAAAUGUCCGCCGCGAACAAAUCUCCUAGGGCGUAGGUUCGCGAAGUAAAAUACGUAUUGUACCGAUACCGUUCAUCCGUGUUCUAACGGAAACGCUCGGACCCGAGACGAUCUCAGCCCCGCGUUGUCCGUUGUUUAUCUACCGAGUGGACCCGCUAGUUUCGAGCAAAUCCUCUUCGCUUUUUGUUUCCUCGAGCACCGAACCGAAAGGAUUCACGAGACGAACACUGAGAACGAGAGAAGAGAACCAAAGUACCUACAUCACCACACACGUAUACGCCUGUAAUCGAUCACGCAACCAUUGUAGGGCCGAUUUUCCGACAACGUCCGAGUCCGAUCGCCGCUGAAAGAGAUCGGAGACGCGAGAAUUCACCUCCGAACGUGUCUCGCUGUUUUACCUAGAUCGACGCGAAUAAAUACAUUCGACUCGAACAAAGACGAAGCGAACGGAGAGAGAAAUACAUUCGCACGAAUACGCGUACGUUUACAUCAUACAUACAUACACAUAGACACGCGUACAUUACGGGAGACUGGAGAAGCGUGAUACGCGCAGCACCGUGAACCCUUCACGGGGAACCACGCCGAGGACUCGUUCGACGCGUUGUUCGCGCGAUGCUAGGCGACAGAACAGCGUCGCGAAGUGAUAUAUAAAUAUAUGUAUAUUAUAUAUAUUGUAUACAUAGGGAUCCAAUGUGGAUGUUCUCGAAGUGCACUAACAGAUACUUAAGAAAGAUCCGCGCGAUGGCUCGACGUUCUGCCGGGGGGGACGAGGAUCUCGUCGGCGGCGAGCCACGGUCGAACCAGCGAGCGGAGCCAGUUUUGUUACAAAUCCCGCGGCGCCGAUCUUCUCCGGCGCGGAAACCCUUUUGUAGACACGGAAUUCCUCCGCGAGCGAAACCCGCGUCGUCCGUUCAUUCGCAGACUGAUCAUCGAUAAUGUUCCCACGCGUGCACCCCGAGCACGCUUUUGACGCGUUCGCUGCCAGCGCGUACUCACGGCGACCACGGUAGAUUCGAUGAAAACGUCCUUUAUUUUCUGUGGAGACAGCGAAACGCUAUGGGGUACCGUUGUUUAUAGUUGUAGCUUUAUCUGUAAGAUAGGACGUCGUGUUUAGGAAACCGGUAACCGUUUCAGUUGGAGUUUUUUUCCGUAAUGUUUUAGAUUUAUGAUUUGGAUUCGAUAUUGCAACUGGGAAGAUCGUUACUCCUUUGUUUCGUCGUGUUUCGGAAUUUGGCGGAAUCUCCUAGCAAUACACGUUGCGACAGACACACGAGCCGACACGAUAAGUAGAUACUACGAUAAGAGAGGGUGAGCCGGAUACGUCGAGCGUCUCUCGUCGAAAACAUCCUUUCCGUUUGGUCGAGGUGUUUCCGUGAUAAAUGAGGAUCGCACGUGUUUCAUACGUAUACCAGCGUUACGAGUACACGCAGCAUACACGCAGAACACACAUAGACAUACACACAGAGACACAUGUACGACGGAAGAGAGAUAGAUUUUCUAAACAUGUCCGUUAUCUCUAAAUAUUACCACUAAACAUUGUAUUACGCGUAGGUGUACAAGAAAGUUACUGUUCGAAAGUAAACGCAUGUAUCGCCGUAAGUGUAUUAGUAGUUGCAGGAGUAAAUAUGCUGUCGUUAAGCUGAUAGAGGGCAAUGACGAUAACGAGCCGAGGAACUGUCGCGGCGAUGCGUCCCGUUAGAUGAUAUCGUUGACCGAUAAAAACGAGGAAAAUACAAAUGAAAAAAAUACACGAUAAACUGACGGACGGAAGAGAUUAGAGGCGUUAGUCGAUGUGUAUAGAUCUUUCAUCCUAGAAUAAAAAGAACGCGAAAUGUUCGCGGAGAAGACCUCGCGGGAUGCGAGCGGAAAUUUGUAACAAAACGGCCGGCGGAGUGAAUCGAUUCCGAAACUGUCGGAGAGCAAAUUUUCUUACGUUGUAUACGGUUACUCGUGACUGCGAUCUAUCGAACAUUGAUUCUUGAAGCUUGCAUUGUUCAGUCUCUGACAAACCGAAGCUCUUGUAUUUUUAAUACGAUUCCAAACAUUUAUCGAGUCCCUACUGAUAUGAAAAUUCAGAGCUAUCAGAAUAAUUCGAGAAUCUCCAGAAUCUAGUGACCCGAAGAAACUGAGAAAUCAAAUUCUAAAACCUUCGUCCAUUUCAAAGUCUGAGAUAAUAUACCUUUAACGAGCUAUCAAGCGCAACAGCUUCGCACCGCAGAGUUCCAAGCAUCAAUGCCGUCGCUCACAGUCACUGCCAGUGUCGACUGGUCAGCCACUUUGGUGUCGAUUUCACUCGGUUCGAUCGGCUAGUCGGUACGGAUGUUCUCCCUCUCGCGGGAAUGUAUUAGCAGGCAGCAGCGUCGAGCGGCCGAGAGCCGACUGGUCCGCGCGUGGCCGGCGCGACGGCCAUGUUUAGCGUCGUCGUGUCCGUAGGUCCGAACCUCUGCCAGUCCGGCCGACGAAUUGCGUAAUUAUAUCACUCCCGAGCCGUACCAAUGUACCGUGUUAGCGCGCCGUGAGUGCCCACACACGUUGUAUCCACUGUUUAAAUGGCCAAGCACAUCCGACGACAGAAACGAACCCCCUGAUGUGUAUGUACUUAGAGGAAAACGGAGAGAGGGGAGGUCGGGGACGAAGUCGCCGGGAAGGGUGAAAGGUGAAAGGAGCCGCGAGCUCGUUUCCCCGUCGCCCGCGAAGCGAACGAGAAAGGGAAACAGCGGAGGGAGCCGAUUGGAUCGGCCGUCGGGUGUCUUGACGUGUGAUACGCUUAAACGGCGACGAAAGAGCCGAAGCCAGAAUUUUAAACGAACCCCGCGCGGAUCUCCUCUCUCUCUCGUUAACUAGAUAUCUGUAUCUUCCCACUGGAUACGCGCCGAGCGCAUUGUUCCUUCUUUUGUAAGCUCUGUUCCGAGCGAGCGAGCAAGCGAUCGUCGAACAAUCGGACCAUUAUAUGUUUGUACAUUCACAUGUGGCGUCGGGACGGAGAGAAACGAGCCAUUCAUCGGGCAGAUCGGUUAACCUCGGCGAACGAACGCCAGAAAACUGAUGACGCAACUCUGCGCAUUGAUUUUCUUCGAUUUCCCCGGGAAUUCGACGGUAGCUUUAAUCUGUGAAACGUGUUUAGGGUGAGUGAGUUUGAUGGAAAUGAGAAUCCAGUCUGCACUCGUGUCGAGAGUUAUUUAUCAUUUGUUUCCUAUUUGCAAAUGGAGGAUUCAGAGAUUCUUUGUUAUUAGUAUGUUUCGAUAUUUCCUUUGUUGUCAAGACGACUCGAUCUCUAUUAACAUUGCUGCUUUUACACAGCUAAGAGUUUCUGUUCUACCAAACCCAAUGAUGACACUUAUUCGAAAUGUAAAAAGUUUAUAGAUAAUUAAACAUUCUGUUGAUGAAGUCUGUGAACAUUUGACACUUUGACUGCAACGUCGCCCGAAUAUGGAUGACGCCAUUUUUAACGUAAUCUUGACAUUCAUUUUCUUGGUGACGUAUCGAACUAAGUUUUAUUAAAUCUAUGAGAUAAAAAAUAGUAAUUCGUUACGAAGAAUCUUGACUCUAGUUUCUGCUUUAUUAAGAAUAGGUACUUCAUUGAGUGUUUACUUGGCAGUCAAAGUGUUAAAGAGCAGGGUUAACCGAUUCAUCUGACAAGUGGCUCGAGUGGAACCGGAAACUGUGGCGGCAGGUUUGGAAUAGGGAAAAUUACGGUGGAACCGGGUCGAAGGGGGAUGAAACGAGGUGAAAGGCCGAUUUCGUGUGCACGCCUCCGCGGUUGGGGAACGAAUCCUUUUUACAUUUAACUCGGGCGCUUAAGCUAGUGUCUCUUAAGUUCUCCCAUGUCUUUUUUUCCCCCUUUUUGUUUCCUUUUGUCGGCGGUAUGUCGUCUGUAAGCAUGAUCUCUUUGACGGAUAAUACACACUCACACGGUCACACGUACACGUUAUACAUUUACAGACGAGCCGUGCACGUACACGCGAUUCCGUGACUAGGGUGACACGUUAAUCGAUGAAUUCCAAAAUUCAAGGGAAUAACUCCAUGGAAAGAGGGAGAGAGAGAAAGAGAGAGAGAAAGAAAGGUGAAAGGGACGAGUGAAUGGACGAACGACGUGGAUGAGUGAAUGUUUAUUGAAAAAAGAAAGAAAAACGAGAGCCUCCGGUAUUUAUAUAUAAAUAUAUGAAUAUACACAUAUACAUAUAUCCAUAUAUAUAUAUAUAUCAUAUAUACAUAUAUAUACAUAUACAUAUAUGUAUAUAUAUAUAUAUAUAUUUCCAUCGCUACCUUGCCACAGCCGUUGGCGCGACUACGCUGCAACUAUGUUGCAAAUUUAGCUUAUAGUUUUUUAGUCGAUUUUUCAAGCGUCACCGACUUUUUCAAGAUACGAACACGACUGACUGCUGGUUAAGUAUGGUUGUGAGUGAAGAGUAACAAAAUGAAAGGGAAGAAAGAAGGAAAGAGGGAGGAGACGCGUCGUGUAUCCCGCACUAAACGUAUUCGAUCCAGGAUAUAUAGAUAAUAUUAUAUAUAUAUAUAUAUAUAUAUAUAUAUAUAUAUAUAUAUA